CAAACUAUUAGCUUAAGUUUCCCCAUUAUAGGCCACAUCACUUAAUAACGUUGUGAGGUGCUCAUAUCAGGGAGGAGCUACUUGGCGUUUAGGAUUUCAUAAAACAUAUUAUCAUGACCAUUACCAACUUUUAGUUUUGGACCAGCGAGGGUAUGAGCAUGCUAGGGGCGGGCGAAGCCGCAAGCGAGCGGCCCUUGGCCUUCGCUUUUGACUCGCCCCCGCUUGUGACGCCCCAACCAGUGUUUCUUCAGCCACAUUAUGCAGUCCGGCUGUGCAUUGAUGAGCCCAUGAUUGGGCUUCCGGACACGGGACGGCUAGCGGCGCUUUGUUUCACGGCAGACACGCUUAUAGAGCGCGUGCACAAGGUGCCAAAGUCCGCAGCCCAAUUCGAUGUCAGCAUCCUGCAGGAAAUUGAGGCACUAUGUCACCAAGUAGCUCCCAAGAAGCAUGCGCAGACGACCAUGCAAGACCUCGGGCUGCUGGACCUCUUUCCCUACCUAGCCAUGGGCUUGAGCGGUGACAAGCUGGAUACCGUGCAAAGUAAUCCGGGUGCGGCUUACUUCAACUACGUUUCACUCUUGAACCAGGUGGUGAUGAUGGGUACGCAGCUUUACCACGAUGCCUGCAUGCCGCAACACCACAAGUAUGCGGCGCACCAGAUCGCACUGCUCUAUCAAUGUCUGAACAUGCUCCAAGGCGACACCAAGCCGAUUCGCCGGGUAGUGGAGGCACGCUUUGACGAAAUCAAGGCCAUUACAGAGUCCAGAGAUCCCUACCUGCCGAUUGAGCUGUCCGCGUGGAUCCAGGAGGUCACGUGGCUGUGCCGAGAGGAGAUCCAGGCCUGCCCAGCGUACGUCCACCGGCGGUUAGAUGCCGUACUGCGGGCUGCACGCGGCGAGGGCGGCAGCGGCGGCGGCGGCGGCGGCGGACCGCAACGCGAGGAUGAUGAGGAAACGGGGCCUUUGGUGUGCCAGUCAGAUGAACUCCAAGUCAUCAAGUCAUCCAAGUCUCCUAGGGGAGAGAGGCGGGUCUACACGGGCGCGGCAGUGCAGGCCUUAGGGGUUCAGGUUACCCCGGCCCAGAAGACUCAAGUAGAGGUGCUGAGUGAAGACCAACAACGAAUUAACAUGUUUAGCCGCCUGCAUGCCAAAAUGCAAGAUCUCGAACGAUCGUUAAAACAGCACAAGAAUGCAUUGGAGGAGCUAGAAGAUGCCGGGAACGAGCUUAUGCUCUCGGACGAAGACAACGUGCGUUUCGUCAUUGGGGAGUGCCUCGUCCAAUUCGAGAAAGAUGCAGCUGAGACCCGCCUCGAGGAGAUGACGAAAGACAUCCAAACGGAGGUGGAGAAAACCACCGGCGAGCUGCAGGAAGUCAAGGCCAAGCUGCAGGAGCUGAAGAGCACCCUGUACGCGAAGUUUGGGAAACAGAUCAACCUGGAGGAUGAACCCUAAAGAGUGACUGCGGAACAGCCUUUGGGAACCUGAGCGUGUUCUAAUAAGGAUUGCUGCAGGGGGCGCUGCUUUGCAAGUCGCUAAUGGGCCUUCCUUUCGACGCACGGAGGGAAGACGGAGGCGGGGGAGGAGGUUAUUAUAAACAACCGAGCUGAGGCGAGGUGUUUGUUUGUGUUUGAAGCCAGCAGCGAACUAAGGCAUACUGCCUGUGGUUCAGAUGGCGAUUCCAUUGCUUACGGGGUCUCGGCUUGAGAGUGAGAGCAUCGACGAUCCUGCUCAUGGCCGCCGUACAUGGCGUUUUAGAAUACGGCAUUUGUAGUUCAUGUCUUUGGUGCGAUGGGCUUUAAAAGGGGAAAUUCGAUGGGAAUUUAGAACUCGUGGUAGUUUUUGCACCAUAACUUUUUAGGCGCUUCUAACUGAUGUACGGAUGUCAUCAAACACCUUUAUGAUCAAUAUUCUUUCUUGGCUUUACAGGCUUCGCUAGCGUUUACAAGGCUGUGCAGCUGUGGGUCAAAGUGCUUACCUACACUUUUAUUUCAGUUCAUGACCUCAGAUAUUGAGGCACACGCCGGCGUUCUCUAAUUGAAAAGGAUUGCCUCUCGGUCUUAAUUAUGCCUACGUUA